UUGAGGUCGUGGGAUACAACUCAAUAAUAAGUUAGACGUAUUUUGGAGUUUCGAAUAAUAAAACUCAACAAGUUAUCCUAUUUUAUACGGAAAAUACACAAGAUUCGAUGGUCUGUAAUUGUCUUAAAAAUAACGAUGAUAACCAAGUGAAACGCAUCGAAAAGCAUUUUAAAAUUUAUAACACAUUAUAUUAAAAUUAAAUACUAAAAUUGCAAUAUUUCUUUACUGUCAACAUUUGUGCUUUCUUGAUCAAUUCUCAGCGCAAGAUAUUUAAAAAGAACAAACUUAAUGUCAGAAUGACAGAUCGGACAGCUGGUGCAAUCAGCUGAUGCUGCUUCCGCGAUAAACAUUGAUAAAUAUCUUAUGAAAAAUAGUCAAGUGGAUAAAUCAUUGUACUCUUGUGUCUAAAGAAUUUCAUGGGGAAAAUAUAGUUAACCGGUACUAUCGCUAUGGUCGAAGCAGUUGGAUGUGGUGAAUUGCAGCAGUUGGUUCAGGAGGAAGAAUGCGAGGAACCACUAAGUCAUGGAGGAGAAGCCACUCCUCCUUCAACACCAGCGAGGUCUCAUCGUCCAACUAAAACCGAAGCACAGAACUCCAAUGUAUCGCAACAAGUAUUAUGGGAAAGCAACACACAAAUAUCACCAAUCAUUAGCAAAGGUAGCUCUGGCCAAGCAACCAGUCAAGAUUCCAUGGUUUCUGGUCGAGCUGCCAAUACUUCAAGUCACACUUGCAACCAAUCUCGAUUGACGUAUCUGAACGAAAAAGAGAAACAAAGGCCUAAUCGGCCAGAUCCACCGAGAAUUGCCCGACAGCACAAAGCUAUGGUGCCAUGCAAACACCAUUGCUUUUUGUCAGAGGUGCCCGAUGUUCGACAUAUGGAGCAAGCUUUGCUGCAAUUGUUGGAAGAUUUUCACAGCGGUAAUUUACGAGCGUUUGGAAAGGAUUGCAGCAUGGAACAAAUGACGGAAAUACGAGAGCAGCAAGAGCGUUUGGCCAGGCUGCACUUUGAGUUAGGUCAGCGGCAAGAGGUAGCUGGAGACCAGUCAGGCCUUCGGCAAUCCAGCGCCAAUAUGCGACAUUUGCUUCAACGUCUCCAGCAAUUGAGUUUCUGCAUAGAGAAAUUACAUAGCAAAUAAUUGUCGCGCAAUACAUCAUAUAUUGUUACAAGUUCUUAUAAUGGUACUUAUAAUUAUCUUAUAAUGGUACAUUUAUGACUAUAUAAUAUUUAUACAGUUAUAGUUUUUUGUUUUUCAUAAAAAAUAUACCGAAUAUGCGAAUAUGUGUAAAAUAUAUAUUUUACAUUGCCCUACCUCGAGUUGUUACAUCUUACAGGCAUGAUUGUUAUAUAUGAAUGUAUAAUGUAUGUUGAGAAAUGUUAACAUCACAUCUUUCGCAAAGGAGUAAUCUUUUGGUACGAUUAAUAUUAUUUUUAACGUGUGUAUGUAUAUGCGCGUUUCGUCAGAUGAUUCUAAUAAUUUAUACGAGAAUUACAGUAGAGAGAGAUCACACGUUUCAUCAAGUGCAUCAUAACGAUAUGCGUUGCAAAUGAAUUGGACUCGGUAAAUACAUUAUAUCUUACACAUAACUCUCAUGUACAUGUAUAUAUAUGUGUAUAUAAUUAAUAUAUAACUAUUUAUAUAACGAUAUCACAAAAAUAACAUUUCUCGCUUGACUCGAGGAACAUGUUAUGAUGCAUUGUUUACGUUAAA